CAGGGGUGCACAAGUUGGGGCACUGAUUAUUGAAAUGAAAUCGCAUGAGUUUGGACUCGACGCUGGGCAAGUCUCUUGCAUCAUUAUAGGAACUUCAAAGCCUCUGGCCGUGUUCCUUGGGAUUGUUCUGACGGUGACUCUCCUGGCAAACACAGCCGCAAGUCAUGGAACCGGCGAUUUCACGUACAGUAGUUUCAAGACUGCGAAUCUGAGCCUCGAUGGUUUAGCUGUACUCACUGGCGAUGGCCUCCUGAGGUUAACCAACGUGACCAAACAGAAGGUAAGUCAUGCCUUCUACCCCGACCCUAUCGCGUUCAAGAACUCAUCCAACGGUGCUGUCCACUCAUUCUCCACCACGUUUGUCUUCGCUAUAAUUCCCGAAUAUCCAGCUCUGGGUGGUCAUGGGUUCGCCUUUGUGAUAGCUCCUCGUAGAGAAAUUCCCGGAGCUCGGCCUAAUUUUUUCUUGGGCCUCUUCAACGAAACCAACAAUGGCAAUGCCACGAACCACAUUUUCGCUGUAGAAUUUGACACGGUUCAAAACAACGAAUUCAGAGAUAUCAAUGACAACCAUGUUGGGAUCGAUGUCAAUGGGCUGACCUCUGCAAAAUCUUCCCCAGCUGGAUACAUCGAAAACAGCGUUCAAGGCUUCAGAAACUUGAAUCUGAUUAGUGGUAAAGCAAUGCAAGUUUGGGUGGCUUAUGAUGGUGUGCAGAAAAAAAUCAGUGUCACAUUAGCCCCUGUCAAUGUCAACAAACCGAGCAUUCCCCUUUUGUCUCUGUCCUGCAAUCUCUCGCCAAUUUUCAAGGAGACCAUGUACGUUGGGUUUUCAUCUUCGACCGGCUCGCUCUAUACUUCUCAUUAUAUCCUUGGAUGGAGCUUUAAAUUAAAUGGACAAGCUCAAAGGCUAGAUUUGUCUCAACUUCCUAGAUUACCACAUAGGAAAAAGAAGCAGAAAUACAAUCUUCUCACUACUGGACUGCCUUUCAUAUGUUUGUUUAUUCUGUCCAUUCUAGUCUUUGCUGUGGCUUAUGUGAUAAGAAGACGACGGAAAUUCGCAGAGGUUCUCGAGGAUUGGGAACGCGACUACAGUCCGCAUAGGUUCAAGUACAAAGAUCUCUAUGUUGCCACAAAGGGGUUCAGGGAUGAGGAACUGUUAGGAACUGGUGGAUUUGGUAGGGUUUAUAGAGGGGUAUUACCCACCAUGAAAACUGAGAUUGCAGUGAAGAGGAUUUCUCAUGAAUCAAGGCAAGGGAUGAGGGAGUUCAUUGCGGAGAUUAUCAGUAUUGGUCGGCUUUGUCAUCGGAACAUAGUAACACUCCUCGGUUACUGCCGUCGAAAGGGUGAGCUGCUGUUGGUCUAUGAGUAUAUGCCGAAUGGAAGCCUAGACAAGUACCUCUAUAACCAACCAAAGAUGACCCUCAGUUGGAACCAAAGAUUUAGAGUGAUCAAAGGUGUUGCAUAUGGCCUCUCUUAUCUCCAUGAAGGAUGGGAACAAGUAGUGAUUCACAGAGAUAUCAAAGCUAGCAACAUCUUGCUUGAUUCAGAGCUAAAUGGGAGGUUAGGAGAUUUCGGGCUUGCAAAACUAUAUGAUCAUGGUACCGAUCCUCAAUCCACCCAUGUGGUGGGAACUCUUGGGUAUAUGGCCCCGGAGAGCACUCGAAUGGCUAGGGCCACUACGAGCACAGAUGUUUACGCAUUCGGCGCAUUUUUGCUCGAGGUCACUUGCGGAAGAAGACCGAUUGAGGUUUGGGAGGAUAAUGAUGUGAUAUUGGUGGAAUGGGUGUUUUCUUGCUGGGAUAAGGGUGACAUACUGGAGGCAAGAGAUCCAAAUUUAGGGACGGACUUUUUGGCGAAGGAGGUGGAGCUAGUGCUGCAACUCGGAUUGUUGUGCUCCCAAUCUCAGCCAACUGCGAGACCAAGCAUGCGUCAAGUAGUGCAGUACUUGGAAGGGGAUCUCGCAUUAGAGGAGUUCUCAUCUCUCGGUAUUUCAAGAAGUGGAUUCCCAUUUGCAUGUCAUGAAGGUUUUAGUACGUCUGGCAGGUCUUAUCCGUUUUACGGAGACAACGCAUUUUCUCAGAUGUCUUCUGUUGCAAACUCUGUACUCUCUGGUGGAAGAUAAGUCUUAAGCUCGGCAUAUUAAAUUGAAAGCACAUUUCAUAGAUCCAAAGUAGUUACCAAACUAGUGCUCUUUUGCAUCAAUAAUUCGUAGUUUGCGACUCUGCAAUUAUAUGUAAACCGUAAUGUAAGAUUCAACGUUUUAACCAAUUUCUGCAGUAAACUCUUGGAU